AUGGGAGAAGAUGGUACAAUGAAGUGUCCUUGUAAACGUUGUAGGAAUUUGAAUUGGUUAAGUAUCGAUGAUGUUAGAUUCCAUUUACUUGCUAAGGGGAUGCUUGAGGGUUAUACCGUUUGGACAUCACAUGGUGAAGAAAGAGGAAGAAAACGUAGUCGAACAUCGCAUAAUCGUUAUUGUGUUCGGGAACCUACGAGGGUAGAACAACCGGUAGAUUUGAAUGCGAUGCUACAUGAUUUUGCCGGUGAAAAUUCCGAAUUUUAUAACAACGUGGAUACGGGAACUAGGAAUGUAGAAGAAGUUCCAAAUGAUAGUGCAAGAAAAUUGUAUGAGGUGAUUGUUGAAAAUGGAGCACCUAUUUAUCCCGGUAAUACGAAGUAUACAAGAUUAAGCUUUACCACAAAAUUGUUAGAAUUCAAGAAUAUCUCACAUUGUAGUAAUAAGGCUUUUGAUAGUUUGCUUACACUUUUUGCGGAUGUAUUACCAAAAAAACACACGUUGCCCCAAACUUAUUAUGAAAUGAAGAAGAUAAUGAAGGGUUUGAGGGUUGAAUAUCAAAAGAUUGAUUUAUGUGAGAAUGAUUGUAUGUUAUUUUAUGGAGAUGACAAGGAUAAAGUUGUGUGUGAUAUAUGUGGUCAAGAUCGUUAUCGGGAUGUUUUGAGGAAAGAUGGUAAAAAAAUACCAAAAAAAAUAUUGAGACAUUUUCCUUUGAUUCCUCGACUACAACGCUUGUAUAUGUCAAAACAUACAUCCGACCAUAUGAGAUGGUACAAGAAUCGAGAUGUCAAAGAUGGAGAAAUUAGUCAUCCCGCGGACGGAGAAGAGUGGAAAAAUUUUGAUCGUCGAUAUCCAUCAUUUGCUCAAGAAAUUCGUAAUAUAAGGCUUGGCCUUGCAACCGACGGUUUCAACCCAUUUGGCCCUACCGGGAAAAAAACAUAUAGUGUGUGGCCCAUAGUAGUAGUUGUCUACAAUCUUCCGCCAUCAAUGUGCAUGAAAAAACCCUAUAUGUUUAUGACCGAUAUAGUGCCGGGUCCGAAUAGCAUUGGCAAAGAUAUUAACGUUUGUCUAAGGCCUCUCAUUGAUGAAUUGAAGAUAUUGUGGAAUACAGGAAUUGAAACAUAUGAUCAAUCUUUGAAACAAAAUUUUACAAUGAGAGCGGCUCUUAUGUGGACAAUUAGUGAUUAUCCCGCUAUGAGUAUGAUAAGUGGAUGGUCAAUAUGUUUAUAA